AUGCCACCAUACGCCCCCGUGGCCACCCUGAUGGUGGGCACAGGGUACCUAUGCAGGGCGGCUGGCCAACAUGCGUUGCUCCAGACUUUGUUCGCGCCACGUCUGGUACGGCUCCUCCUGGUCGCUUCCAUUCGCUUUCGAGAAGCUAACCAGAAGAUGCGUGGAAGUUUUCGACGGCCGCCGCCGCUCAAAGCUAGAGCACCAUCUCCUGUCUCAUUUUACCAUACGGAGUAUGGCGUAAACGUCCAAUGUUCCUGUGGCAGGAUUUUGCCAGCCGAUGUCGACUUCGGGUGUCUUGGCCGCCGAACCUUAGAACCCUCUGUUUUCUUCCUUCGAUCUCAUCGUCUCGUCGUCUCCUCGUCCUCUCCCCUCUCCUCCCCCCCGCCUGUUACCUGCUGCCUUCUCGUUUCAGCAUAUCGUUUCCCUGCGCUCGACCUUUGCGUCUCGGCCAAUCCGUUGACCCCAUUGCCACGAUACACGCCCCGGCGGGUCUUGGCGCCGGCCAAGACCGACGGCUCUUUGCCUUCACGACAACCGUCCCAUGGAAUCGCAUUCUUCGUCGCUGCUUCAUUUCUGGACAAAAGUUUUUCACUAGUGUUCCCCGAGGUCGACAUCCUCUUCCCAUCCACCAUAUACGCGAACGCCUUCGAGAAGGAAAAACGGGAAAAGAAAAAGGAAAAAAAGGUCUCGGUGCUAUCUGCCCAUCGGUCGCAGUUCCAGACAUUUUCGGCUUCGUCGAGUCGCCAACCUUGUUUUGUCGGGGGGUCGCGCACAUCGUCCAUUGCCGUUCCUACCUCCGACAUCCUCUGGAGCGCGAUUGAGGAGCUAUCCUUUGCGUGCAAGAAGCUCCAGUCGUGA